AGCCAGCCCGGCGCUGGCCCCGCCCCCUCCCGGGCCCGCCCCUGCCGAGUGCGGGCGGGGGUCGCUCCAAGAUGGCGGGCGUGCCGGCCGUGCGCAUCAGCAUCGAGUCGGCGUGCGAGAAGCAGGUGCAGGAGGUGGGGCUGGAUGGCAGCGAGACCUACCUCCAGCCGCUCUCCAUGUCCCAGAACCUGGCGCGCCUGGCGCAGCGCAUCGACUUCAGCCAGGGCUCCGGCUCCGAGGAGGACGAGCCGGGCUCGGCGGGCCGGCCCUGGGCCGAGCCGGGCGAGACGGAGGAUGAGGAAGGGUUGGUAAAGUUCCAGCCAUCCCUCUGGCCUUGGGAUUCAGUGAGGAACAACUUACGAAGUGCCUUGACUGAGAUGUGUGUGUUGUAUGACGUUCUUAGCAUUGUGAAGGAUAAAAAGUUCAUGACUCUAGAUCCAGUCGGGCAGGAUCCCCUUCCUCCAAAACAAAAUCCUCAGUUUCUACAGCUGAUUUCAAAAAAGAAGUCAUUAGCUGGAGCAGCUCAGAUCCUAUUGAAAGGUGCAGAAAGAUUAUCCAAAUCAGUUGCUGAAAAUCAGGAAAAUAAGCGACAAAGAGACUUCAACUCUGAACUGCUAAGAUUGAGACAACACUGGAAGCUGAGAAAAGUGGGAGAUAAAAUUCUUGGUGAUCUGAGCUACAGAAGUGCAGGCUCCCUUUUUCUUCAUCAUGGCACAUUUGAGGUGAUAAAGAACACUGACAUUGACCUGGAUAAAAAGAUACCUGAGGAUUACUGUCCUUUGGAUGUUCAAAUUCCAAGUGAUUUAGAGGGAUCAGCAUACAUCAAGGUUUCUAUUCAAAAACAAGCACCAGACAUUGGUGACCUCGGAACAGUCAAUCUCUUUAAAAGACCCUUGCCAAAGUCAAAACCAGGUUCUGCACACUGGCAGACAAAGUUGGAGACUGCACAGAAUGUUCUUCUAUGUAAAGAAAUUUUUGCCCAGCUGUCACGAGAAGCUGUUCAAAUUAAAUCACAGAUUCCUCACAUUGUUGUGAAAAAUCAGAUAAUCUCCCAGCCUUUCCCAGGUUUGCAGCUGUCUAUUUCUCUGUGUCACUCUUCCAAUGAUAAAAAGUCACAAAAGGCUGCUUCUGAAAAACAGAAUCCAGAGGAUCAUCUCUAUGUUCUGGAACAUAAUUUGCAUCAACUUAUCAGAGAGUGUCACAAGCAAACCCUGAGCUCGACAGUGAUGCCACAUCCAGCUAGUGCACCUUUUGGCCAUAAGAGAAUGAGACUUGCAGGGCCCCAGGCUUUUGAUAAAAAUGAAAUCAGUUCUUUACAGUCGAAUGAAGGACUUCUGGAAAAGAUCAUAAAACAGGCAAAGCAUAUAUUUUUGAGACGAAGAACUGCUCGAACCAUUGACAGUCUGGCGAGUCGUAUUGAGGAUCCUCAGAUUCAGGCUCACUGGUCCAAUAUCAAUGAUGUUUAUGAAUCCAGUGUUAAAGUUCUAAUAACUUCUCAAGGAUAUGAACAGAUAUGCAAAUCCAUUCAACUACAGCUGAACAUUGGAGUUGAACAAAUCAGAGUUGUGCAUAGAGAUGGAAGAGUUAUUACAUUGUCCCAUCAAGAGCAAGAACUGCAGGAUUUCCUUUUAUCUCAGAUGUCACAGCACCAAGUACAUGCAGUUCAGCAGCUUGCAAAAGUUAUGGGAUGGCAUGUGCUGAGUUUCAGUAAUCAUGUUGGGCUGGGACCAGUGGAGAGCAUUGGCAAUGCAUCAGCAAUAACUGUAGCAUCACCAAAUGGAGACUAUGCCAUUUCAGUCCGUAACGGUCCGGAAAGUGGCAGCAAAGUCAUGGUUCAGUUUCCACGGAGCCAGUGCAAGGAUCUCCCCAAGGGUGAUGUCCUGCAGGACAGCAAGUGGAAUCAUCUCCGGGGGCCAUUCAAGGAAGUGCAGUGGAAUAAAAUGGAAGGGCGUAACUUUGUGUAUAAAAUGGAACUCCUCAUGGCUGCCCUAACUCCUUGCUAGCGAAGUGUCAGUCUCUCUCUGAGGGUUUUGAAGUGUCUCUGUGCAAUGGUAACUGCCAGUGCAGCAAAUGGAAAUGGGAGCUAUGGGCCAAUACAAGAAAGCAAAAUCAAAUUUAUUUCCUGUACAGAAAUAACCAUUUUGGUAUUUAUAAUAAAAGCUUUUUCAGUUGCAUAUAAAAUACAUACAAUUUUUUGUAAAAGUUCCUUUCAGCUGUAUCUUUGGAAUUUGCUCUGUCCAGAGUGACAGAUGAGUAAUUAAUGUAUUUUUUGUUUAUAAAAUUAAAUUUGGUAGUCCUUGAGUUGAAGUAUUCUUGAGUUGGAAUUUUUGUACAUUGAUGGGGAUUCUGGGUGACCCCUUUUAUUUUUGAGAAAUUUGUUUCCUUGGCAGUUUAACUUGAGAGUGUUACAAAGUCACUGCCUGUGGCAAAAGUCUUUCCUCUCUGAUGACUUAUGUCAUUUCGUCUACUUUGCUUGUUUUUUGACCUUGUUUUUUACAAGAAUAUAGAGGAAAGGGUCUUACUUGGCUGGCAAAGUUCUGACAAUUUGAGUUUGUGGGUGACUUGUGACUGGAUAGAAGGCGAUAACUCUCAUGCAGUAAACCUCCACACUUGAGCAUCUGGGUCUUUCUCCUGCAAUCUCCAUGAUUAUCAUCCAGGGAAAUAAUAACAUCUUCCCAAAUACCAGCUCUCUUGAGUUCUUUCAGAAUAAAAAAGUCACAUUUUUUAUAGUUUUGGUUGUUAUUAUAGCCUUCUUGAAACUUACUAUGGUGUUCAACAAAACUUUCGUUUUGUUUGGUACUUAAGGGCUAAGGCUCUUUUUGCAACCUGUGUAAACCGGGUCAUAUUCAUGUCCGUAUUGUCUUAUGAGGUGUCUGUCUAUAUGUAUAUAUAUGAACUUCUUGCACAUAAACAUGAUUGAAUUGAACAUUACGCUUCCAUGGUGACAGCGUUAUUUUGUUGUAUUCUCAAGUAUAAAGAAUAAUUGUAGGAAAACAAGCAGCAAGCUGCUGCUCAGCGUGUAUCCAAAGCAGUUUUUGUACUUGUUUUGGUGUUGGCCAGCACGCAGCAUCUUGUUUGUUCCUAUAACUACUUGCUUCUGUGUGACUGAACUAAAGAGAGAGAAGGGGUUUUCCUUUCAGGUGCUCAUUUGUUACCCAAGACAACUGAUGAAAAUUAAAAGCCCUAGUUGAAAAUAAGUCUGUUGAUCUUGAAGCGCUGUGAUGCCAGGUUCUGUAUUGCUGUGCCAGGAGACACUGUGUGAUUACAGGCAGAGGGGGAGUUGUUCCUUGGUGAACAGUUCAGCCAACAACCUGAUACAUGUGUUCAUGCAUCUGACCAGAUGAGGCUGUUCUGAGUCCUGCUAACACAACAAAUCUCUUAUUAAUAAUUAGAAGAUGAGUCUAUGAAACUUGGACAUGUCUUUACGCUUUAUUGUUCUUAACCUAAAUUGACAGGUCUGCAUGUAGCAAUAGCCAUUUCAUAAAAUUCUUAGUUACCAAGUAAUCAGAUCACUGUGGAGCUAUUACAAUCUCAUGGUUGCAGGACUUCUCUCCUGAAAAGGACAUCUCCUGUGUUGCAGAACAGCAAGCUCUGCAUGUUAGCAUGAAAACACUUGUCAAGACUUCUAGGUCUAGCUGAAAAAAGAAUAAUAAUAGCAUCCAAAAAAGAGUUAUUAGCGAUCUGGAGAGUCAGUGUUUUGGUGUUGAAUACACAGGGAUUCCUAAUUUUAUUGGAAAACAGACUGAUUAGACAUUUAACAGAGAUAGUCUUGAAACCUGGUAGUGCAUCUUUGAAUAUGAAAUGAUGACAUUAGUGAAUUAUUAAGACCUUUUCAACUGAUUGCCAAAGCAAGCUGGUGAACUUGGAUAUCUAAUUCAAGUUUAAAAGUAAAAUGCCUUUGAUCAUCUAGAAUGCUCUAAAUAUUAAUUUUGCUGCUGUUCCACAGGGAGUUUACAAGCACAGUAAGAACAGCUGUUAGUUUCUGAAUUUCUACUGUCACAACCUUCCAUAAGACUUUAGAUGCUCCAGAGUAGCAAGAAACUGCUACAGUUUAGCCUCACAUUCUGUACCUCAAAUAUUGACCUUAAUAAUGCAUAGUGACAAACAGCAUUUUCAGGAAAAUGUGAGUAUUUUUAAAGUAAUGUUACCUGUGUAGAGUAAGCAUGUUAAAUUGUGGGUAAAAUUUUUGGGUGAGGAAUUGUCAAUAAAGAAAGCUAUGUACAGGUUAACUGUA